GUAUAGCAGUGUUUUGUGUGUGCGCUAGACUAUAAAGCCAACUAUCGUGUGGUGGAGCAGCUUUUGACUCAAUUUUCUAGAAAUCAUUCGGCCACUUUGGUGUCUCCGUGUCCGGAAAACAUUUGGAAAAGUUAGUUCCGACGUCGUGAUCAAGUUGGUGGUCGGUUAACGCGUACGUUUGGUGUGUUUUUUGAAGGUGAAAAUAUGGUGUCUGGCAAAGAGUAGGGAGAUUUCCAUUUUCCUCCUGGUUGGAUUUCACACAGCAAGCAACGAGUUUGUGCUACGCUACAGAGACUAUGCGGGAGAGUGAAAGAGAGAGAAACACUUGUCGAGCGCUGAGCUGAUGUGUAUCGGAAAGAGAAGAAAACACUCGAGCUCUGCCACAGAAUCGAAGAAAAAGAACAAACAAGAAGAAGAAGCAAAGUGCCGCUGCUGGCUUCUCCACUGGCUGAUGAUCUGAUCGUCGUCAAGAAGAGUGCUGUGUUUUUCGGUUGGGAAAAAAUUUCCCCGCGGUUCGGAUUAGAAGCGGAAAAUGCAACUGGAAGAUGUGUGAAAGGGUAUGUCGAAAGUGCAAUAAAAAGGUGAUAAAACGGAAUCAUUCGAGUACAACGCAAAGUUCGAUGGUGGAAGAAGAGUGUAUUUUAGUUAAGUGUAAAAAAGAUUGUGUGGAAAAGUAAGCAAAUUACUGUCUUUAAGAGAAAACAAAAGAAGAAACCAAAAUAAAAAGAGAACAAGUGCAAAAGAUUGACAGCCAAACCGUGUGUGUGUGCAGUAAACAUAACAUAGGUGAAGAGAAGACUAUAAAUCAAAGCCAAGCAAGAGGAAAAAUUGUGUGUAAAUAGAGGUACAGGACGCGAGAUGCGACUACAACAGGUGCCGAAGAAGAAGGAUGGUCGAUUCUGGUCCGCUGGUUGUCGCUGAGGAUGUCCAUCGUCAUCGUCAACGGGAAAUCAACGGCAAACGCAGCAGCGACCAGAAGCACGACCUGCAGCAGCAGGAACAAAUUGAAGUGUUAAAGAUGAAUAACGCAGACAACUUGGAGGAUGCUGGAACAUCGUCGUCAUCGCCGGAAAUUGUAAAUGAAUUGGUUGAAUUGGGAGACGAGAAGAACGACCAGGAAGAGAUCAUUCUUCUUUCUGAAGAAGACGAAGAAGAAGAAGAAGAAGAUGAUGAUGGUGAGCUGCAGAAAAAUGGUAGUGGACAAAGCAACGGCCCCAAUAUGAUAAUAAUGGAGGGAUCAUCCGACACCGAGCAGGAAACGAUUCUAACCAACUGCCAGAAGGAAAAUCAAGUGGAAGAAAAGCGAAAAACACAAACAGUCGAAGACACGGUUGAUGACGAUCUUGAGGUGAUAGAGAUCCCGUCGACUCCGCCGUCGGAAGUGAUUGCAGGGAACGAGGCUAGCAACAAAAUUGUAAAUAAUAACGAUAGCAUUGCAGUGAAGCACAAACACACAGGAGUUUUGGAUGGUAAAACUGCCAACAAUAACGUCGUUUUACAGAACUGUGUAGGUCGGACAACUCAAGAAUCUCCCAAGGAAGGUAAUCAUACCUCUUCCAAGCAGACCGAGAUGGGACUUUCGGAAGAAAAUCGUAAGGUUGAACCAUUGAAAAUUAAUCUCCAUCGAGAGCCUAUCAGAACGAUCAUAAAACUGCCACCGGGCUCGGGAUCCGGAUCGGAUCAUCAACCCAGCUCGCCAAAGAUUACGAUCAAACCGUUAAAACCCCCUCCCGGUAUGGAUGGGGCUCAGGUCAAUAGCAUUCCCAAGCUUACGAUCAAACCGGUAGUGAAUCCGGAGGAAUCCAGUAGCAAUACUUUGGUCAGCAGUGAACAAAUGCAAAUCAUUCCUAAAUUGCACAUCAAGAAUUCCUCUCUGGACAGUUCCGGUGCCGAAGGAGCCGAACCACACAUUGUGCCUAAACUGACGAUACGUGGCGUCAAUCACAGUAGCCCGACGGUGGCAGGGAGCUCCGGAACCACCAGCAAUGAUACAUCCAGUUCCGCAGGUCAUAAUUCCUCAAACUCGUCAACUUCUAGCUCGCCUCCAUUGGUUCCUAAGCUCACGAUAAAGAAGGAUAACCUCCAUCAUCACAGUAGCCAUCAUCACCAUCACCAUCAUCAUUCGCACCAUAAUAACCGGUUGAUGGUGAAGGAGGAUGAUCCUCCUGCUAUUCCUAAGCUUCACAUUAAAGCAAUACCGGAACCAUCCGUCUCACUCAGUUUAGGUUCAACCGGAACGUCUUCAGGCCCGGUGCUAACUAGUUCCGAAGGUGUUAAGCUUACAAUUAAACCCAUUCCGGAACCCCCACUACCGAAACUAACCAUCAAGACGAGCAUCCUGGACUCCAAUGAUGUCUCGGUUGUUUCCUCGACGAGUAGCAGUUUCUCACCGAAGCUAUCGACUCCUCCGCCAGCUUCUCCGAGUGAUCAACACUCCAACAUAACGUCGACAAUUCCAAAACUCACCAUCAAGCCCAUCCCCAAACCGCCUCCGGCCAUUCCACGGGAUCCAUCGGAAGUUCCGAUCCCCAAACUUACGAUCAAACCAAUGCCUCCGAAGCCGCUUGCUUCCGAGGAUAGUUGCUCAAGUGAAACCAGUAUUAACUCGUUAGAAUCCUCACCCAUCUCAUCGUCCUCGUCGGCUUCCAGCUCGGCCAUAAGCUCCCCUUCGAUCGUUCCCAAGUUGACUAUCAAGGUCCCUAAGGAAAACGAUAGUGUCGUAACUUCCUUACCGCAGAUCACCUCCGGUUCUAUCACCACCAUCACUACCAGCUCGUCCAGCCUGCCACUCUCUACGAUCCCGAUCGUGACGAAGCUCAACAUCAAACCGAUGCCACCGCAACCAAAAGAACCGGUAAAAGAGUAUUCGCUAGAACCGGAGGAAGAAACUCAAGAUGAACCGGAAGACGAAAUCGAAGAACCCAUCAUGAUCAACCUCGAUCUGGAGGAGCAGGAACCGAUAGUAAUCCCAAAGUUCAUUAUCAAAACCAUAACGAAUCCCAAGAGCCAAGAAACGGAAAUCAUCUCAACGCCAAAAGUUACGUUGAAACCGAUUCCGAAACCCGAUCCACAGCCUGCAAAACCAUCCCCACCACACGAACCGUCCACUGAUAGUGAAAAUCCACCACUAGAGGUAAUGACUAGCAGCUCUAAAACGCCAGACUCAGGCUGCGACUCGCCACGAAUCAUCCUGAAGAUCAACAAGGGUAGUUCUUGUACAACGACUACUACCGCCACUACUAGCGCAGCACAAAGCACCCCCGCUACUCCUCCUGUUGAGAAGAAAGAGGAACCUAUUGCCAGCAAAGCAGAAGAAACCACAAAUGACUUGAAACGAUCGGUUCCUGAAUCGUCGACGAACGAGAGUCCCGACGUUCCGGAAGUCAAAAAAAUCAAACUGAACCACCAAAGCGUCAUUGUUCCGAACCAAGAGGUGCAGAGACCGAUAGUCGACAAUGACGUUAUUGUGAUAGACGAUGAUAGUAAAUCCGACACGGGAGAAGAACCUACAGAGCCUCAAGUUGCCGAGCGGAUGGUGGAACAAGUUCGGAAACCUCCACCAUUGAUUGAGAUUCCAAAAAAAAACGUAAUCACCACUCCGCAAAUGUUUGAUGUUCGGGACGCCACACGACCGGAAGAUGGCAACAAACUAAAGGAAAUGCUAAUCAAAGCAAAACGCCAGCGGGUGAUCACGCCAUCGCCUCAGAUGGAACCUCGUCCCAGGCGAACAGCUGCCCUCCAAGCGAUCCCGGCUUCAGUGCUACUACGGAGACAUCCUACAUCUUCUGCGCCACCAAUUCCCAUACCGGUUGUAGAACCGGUCCCCGUUACUAUACCCACAUCCAACAACAUCACCAGUGUCCUGCUGAUCGAAAAUGACGGAGGAUCCAGCUCGGAUUGUAUGAUCAUCGACGAUCCACUGACACUAGCCGAAAAGAAUGGAACUUCUAGUAACAGUAACAGUAGCAGUUUCAACAGCGUCACACCUGUUCCGGUUAUUCCGGUAUCUACUACACCUACACCCACUGUUCCUGUCACAAUAGGUUCCGGUUCUCUCAUUCUAUCGAAGGUGCGAAUGAGUACCCGAAGUGGAGCAGGCGGAACUGUUCCCACAACAAAGGAUACUACAAUGACGCACAAAGCUCCGGAUAAAGAUUCCGGUCUGGACGAGGGAAAAGUAGACUCGGAAGAUGUUCCACCGCCUGUAAAGCGACCCCGGGGACGUCCGAAGAAGAAUGUCUUUAUUCCACCUAAAGAAACUGAUGAAAUUGUAGUCGACGAAGUGACACAGGAAACCGACAGCAGUAAACUGACGACCCUGACGAUAGAGGCCAACGGCAGUACGAGUUCUUCGGAGCUCCCACCCAUGAAUCCCAUGUCGUUAUUUUCCAAAGAUAAUCCCUGCCGGGUGUCGCCAAGAGUACUACUGAAACCGUUGACACCGUCCCGGUUGGAGCCGAAGCCGGCCUCACCGCUGGUGGUCACAACCACAAAUGCUUCAGUUGACUCCGUCGAUGGAGAAGAGUCGACCUGCUCGUCGUCGAAAGAUCCACUCAGCGGAAUGGAAGUAAAGCUCAAAGAGAGCGUUAUCCCCGCGAAGGAGGUGUCACCGAUUACACCGAGGCCCCGUGGAAGAGGUCGCGGUCGAGGACGUGGAAUACGUGGACGCUUCGCUGCAAUAACCCAAAGCGCUUCAGCGGUACUAAUUCGACAGGGUGACACCGAAGCGGAUGAUGCUCUAUCGCCUCCCGCCUUCGCUGGCGUGGGGUCAUCUUCACCGAUUCGCCGUGGUCGUGGCAGUAGAGGAGGCCGCGGUCGUGGACGUGGACGUGGUCGUGGUCGGGGUCGUGGUCGUGGUCGAGGCCGUGGAAGCCGUGGUGGCCGGGGUGGACGAUCCAACUCUGCCAGUCCCCUCAAACCGGGAAGUCCCAUGAAGUACACUCCCGGCUCGGAAUUCAGUGCUUUCAUGACGCCAGAUGGAACUGACAUUCACCGGCGGAGACUGCAACUGUCGACGCCCCUCACCGCCAGCAAUAACAACUCCUCCGGGCUGCAAGUGUUCGAAGAGGACACCCGAAUGAGUGGAGAUUUCAACUUUACCACUCCGAUGCGGCUCAUUAGUACCGGUGGUCCCGGAGGUUUCAACGAGGAAUCCCAAAGUUCGUACCUCAGCAGUGCCAGCGUAACGCAGGACAACAGUACCAUACCAACGAUCCUGACGACCACCACUGGCAGCUCUCGGAAACCGAAGGCCAAGAUGGAAGUGGUGGAUGUUAAUGGGCGGACGGAAUUCUCCGUAGAGAUGUUGGCAGAGUACGAGUGGCCCCUACCGACGGCAGCUAAUCCCCGAGGUGGUGGCGAUAGUUUCAUGAUCCAAGAGCAGAUCGCUGAAUAUCUGGGAGUGAAGAGCUUCAAGCGGAAAUACCCGGAUCUGAUGCGACGACCUGUGGAAAUGGAGGAACGUAAUUACAUUAUGGAACGGGGUCUCGCAUCGGAAAAAAUGUGUGAUUUAGGUCUGACCGCGGUGUACGCAUCGGAAAUUCUGGACAUCAUGUGCAACGAUUAUCCGGAAAAGUACGAAGAGUACAAACGGUACCAGCGAGAAAAGCAUUACCGCGAUCGACAAAAGUACCUGCAAAAGUCUUCGGCGGCGGCUGCAAUCUCCAUCGAUGGUCUUGACCGGAGCCAGAUGCUCAAGGACAAAGCCAUCCAGUCGGCCGCCAACUGGAAUAUCAGCAUGAAUAAAGAACGGAAGGAAACCCGCCGGUCUUGUAUGGAUCUCCAAACGUAUGUGGUGCAAAUACCCCGGAUGCAACGGUUGCAAACCGAGCCUGCCGGCCCGGAGAAGCACUACCCGGUUGCGCUGGUGCCAGGUCAAUUCUCGGAAUACUAUCGUCCGUACACGCCGGAGGAGUUGGCUUGUUAUCCAAUCAAUACCGCGCUGUUGAAUCCGUUCCAGCUACAAGAAAUUUUACACUCGGAUCGAUAUCGCAAGCUACUGGCAGAAGUGGCCUCGGAGAGCGACGGCAGCAGCACUAGUGGUAGUAGCAGUGAUGAUGAUGAUUCGAGCAGUGACAGCGACGACAGCGAUGAUGGAAGCGAAUCUGAUUCAGAUACAGUUUCUGGAAGCAGCUCGGUGGAUUCUGAUUCAUCUGACUUACCACUGAUUAGAACACCGAGUACUAAAUCAACUCUAAAUUGCACUGCUACCAACAGCAGGUUCAGACCGCCUCCUCCGAAAACGAAUGCAACACCCUCGUUAUCGGGCACAUCCUCCAAAUCCGAGGAGGAAGCAAGCAAACCUAAAAUGAAUCCGUAUCUAUGCGCGAUCUGCCUGGGACCGCAGAACAAAAAUCAACACCACAAACCGGAACGAUUCAUUCGCUGUUCAAUCUGCAGGCGAAGAGCACAUCCAUCCUGCAUCGACAUGUCGGCAAAGAUGUUCAAGCGUGCCUCGGAGUACCCGUGGCAAUGUUCCGAGUGCAAGUCCUGCCAAAAAUGCCACCGCCGGCAGAAUGCGUCUAUUGCCACGGCUGACAGUCCAAUCGCAGCCACCGCGGCUACCACCACCACCGCCACCACAACAACCACGACCACGACCACCGCCAACCGGAAGAUGGUCUUUUGUGAUCAGUGCGACCGGGGAUUCCACCUGACCUGCAUUGGACUGCGCAAUGUUCCCGAUGGUCGAUGGCACUGCACGGUCUGUUCUAUAUGUAAUCGCUGCGGAGCGCGCAGCCCCGAGGGCCACCCGAAUCCGUAUCUAACGCAGCAGCAACGGGAUAAUCUAGCCAUGGUUGCCAACUGGACGCACGAGUACGACACCAACGAGCUCACGCGGAUACGAGAACAUGUCCUGACGCUGUGCGUCCCCUGCGUUAGGCUGCGGAAGCAACAGGAGGAGGAACGGUUGCAACAGUCAUCAUUGUCGACGGAAACCGGGAAAGCUCCCAGCGGGACGGAAGCCACCAUCGGUUCCGGUGGUAACAGUAGUAGUAAUGCUCACAGCAACAACAUUAACCACACCGGCAGCAGCAGCAGCAGUAGAAGUAGCAUUAGUAAUAAUAGUAAUAUUAACAAUAGCACCUCUGAAUCAGCAAAAACCGGAACGAGGGAACCAACGCCGGCGAAAAAUACCGGUGCUCCCCCUCCGAAGGUGCCGUCGACAUCAGCCGCUUCUGUGAAAUGAUGAGUGAGCAAUCUGGUAAGGAUCAAUUAAAGACUUUUUGUUUUUAGUUCGACAUCGGGGCUUUGUCCAGCUGCAAGGCAAACAAUCGUUUCGUGUAGAGUUCAAAUCGAAUUAAUUUGUACAAAAACAAAUUUUAAAUAAGAAAAAGUACAUUGAGUAAAAGUAAGGGAUUUGUUACGUCGUUUAUCUAGGUUCGUAUGUGUAAUUAAGGAAAGCUGUGUCUUUUUUAUGUUUCGAUUCCGUUCAUUAUUCGUUCAUUCUUUUAGCGCCGACGGGAGAGUGAUGGUUUAUUUUGGUGGAUAAAUGAUGUACUUUUUUCCAUUGGGAAUGGAAUCGUUUCGCUUAGUUCCGUUUUCGGGAACUGUGCACCCCACUAUAGAUGUGAAAUCUCCCGCUGUCGCCCUCUUGAAAUUGGAAACUACUUUACAAUGUUGCUUAUCUUGAGCAGUGUGGUGAAAAGUUCUUUGUGAACUUUUCAAAGUCCAAAUCUGUGGUGCCAACUGGAAGCAUUGAUUCGCCAUCGGACCAAUAGCACUAACCUUUUCUACUUCUGAUUUCCUUCUGUUUUCCUUUGUUUACUUCUUUGGAAUCGAAUUUCGGAGAGAAAGUCAACAAAAUUUACGAGAAACAGAAACUGAUGUACAGAUCGAGUAGGGUAUAAGGUUCUAAAAAUUCUCCCCUCCCGCUUGCAUUGUCUAUGCUGUGACAAGGCAUGUAAAAAGAAAAGGAAAAACAUGCUUAAACAUAGUACUUGUGUUAGGAAAAGGAAUAACAAUGGAAACAAUCUCAUCGAAUCUACUUUUGUAGGUAAGCUGAUAUGCGCUAACUACUGAACAUUUACAAUACAUAAAUACUGAAAAUAGUUUAGUUAUUCUAUUCUAAUAGAAUUAGAAGAGAGCAGCGACACAAGAAUACAUUUUCGUUUAGUUCUGGAACCGUUCGUCAAAUACAUUAUUUGCUUCUGUGGGAAAAUGGACCGAUUUCGGUUUGCAUGCAGUGUUAGUAGGAGUGCAGAGUAUGUUUUUUCGCAUUGCAAAAAAAAAAAUAGUUGGAGAAAGAGAAUAUUCGGCACACAAGCGAUAGGUGGUCUAUUAUUUUUAAUUUUUUUUUUAAUUGUAAAAAAUCGAAGAAAUUCUUCACCGAAAAGUACUAUCCGUAAGCAUUAACUGUUAAUAUUGAAAACAAAUCGUAAGAAGCUAGGCAUAAGUAACCAUAGGAGCAUAAAAAGAGCCUUGUAAAUAUAUUAACGCAUAAAGAAUCAACAGUUAGGCUAAUAACAGGAAACCUUAAGCAAAAGAUUAAAUGAGAAAUCCUUCUUCUAACAAGUAUUAAAACAAUUUGGUGAGAGGUAGACUUUCUUCAUCUUCGGCGGUGUGAAUGGCGAGCCACGAAGAGAUAGCAUUUUCAUAAUUGAUCAAGAGAAUGAUAGUCGUUAGAAUAGGGAAAAAAAAUUCUGUCGCUUGUCGGAUUGUAGUUUUCGAGAAAUUAUAAUUCUGGAAAGGACAAAAUGAAACUUCACACAUACACACACACACACAAGACAGAUUAUAUAUAAAAACACAUCCCAACAAAACACUACUUAUUUCUAGAAAGUUGAGGUUUGGGCAGAAGACAAAAUUGGCAAACCUGACAAACGGAUUAACUCUGUUACUUUUCGGUUUGUGUAUUUUUUUCAUGUUUUUUGGGAAAAAGAAUAUAAUUUUGUUGUUAGUAAUGAGCCGAUGGGAGUGUAACAGCAAGAUAUGUGAAAGCUAUAGGAAAGAGUGAAGUAAAACAAAAGAAUAUGAACAAAAUACAGAUGAAUAAUAAGCGUUAGCUUGUAAUUUAUUAAAUUGAAUAUUCUUUUAACAAAUAAAUUUUUACAAAAA